AUGGAACAAAUAGGUGGUGGUGAUGCAAGGUGGUCUCUGAAGGGCAUGUCUGCCCUUGUCACGGGCGGUACUCGAGGCAUAGGUCAUGCCAUUGUAGAAGAAUUUGCACGUUUUGGAGCUGUCGUGUAUACAUGUUCUCGUAAUCAAAAAGAGUUAGAUGAAUGUUUAGAAGAAUGGAAGUGCAAGGGCUUUCAAGUAGCAGGGUCUGUGUGUGACUUAUCAGUACGAACCCAACGGGAUAAGCUGAUAGAGACUGUUACCACUUAUUUCGAUGGGAAGAUCAAUAUCUUGGUGAACAAUGCCGGCACAACUCAACUUAAGGAAGCCACAGAAUUCACAGCUGAAGAUUACUCACCGAUAAUGGGUACAAAUUUUGAGACUUCUUAUCAUUUGUGUCAACUUGCACACCCAUUUCUCAAGGCAUCAGGUUGUGGAAGCAUUGUGUUUAUUUCUUCUGUGGGUGGACUUAUCGCAGUUCCUGUUGCUUCUUUGUUUGCCGCAUCUAAAGGAACAAUGAAUCGGGUAACAAAGAACUUGGCAUGCGAAUGGGCAAAGGAUAACAUCCGUGUUAAUGCAGUGAAUGCUUUACCAUAA